UCCUUUGGAGACGGUGUCGAAAGCUCACCGGUAAUCAUAGUGGCUCAAGCUAUCCCCGUCCCGUUUGACUUGGUGAUCAACGGUGAUAGCGCUAACGGUGGUCCCAUCACCACUGAUGGCAAACUCACUGAGAAUGCGGAACGUAUCCAAAAGGCUGGCCAAGAAGCCGACAGGAUCAUGGGCAAUAUGCAGCAAACCAUCGACAAGGCGUAUGCUGAUGGUGAAGGAUCAGACAGCGUCGAAUCUGCGCGUAUGAAGGCCGCGUUUGGCGACAACUGGCGUAACAAUCAUGCCGCGAUCAAAGAUACCAUGACCAAGAUGAAGGACUCGACGAUGGCCAAAGAGGGCAAAAAGUGCUCUGAGGAUUUUGGAAAGCCGCAGAGGCAGCUUAAAAGGUCCGAUGCACUGGACGGGUAUCAGUGA